GAGGGCUUGCGGUGGGCUGUUUGUCUGCGUGAAGCUGGCAUGGCCUCCCUGUUCCCCUGCAUCUGUUCCCCAUUAGCAGAGCCGAGAGUAUAAAGCAGGGAGCUGACAGGGGCUGGGAACAGUCUCACUCUCGUCUGGAUCAUGGGGUUUACUAUCUGGCUGUGCGUGCUCUGUCUGCAGACGAGCCUGCUGUCACACGCUCUCGACUGCUCAGGGGCGACUCAGGGAGAGUCUUGUCUCGGCGGACAGACCGCAGACGAACAGUAUGGUGAUGAGAAGCAGCAGAGGGCAGUACCCUCAUCUGAAGGACUGGUUCUGUUCAGACGUAAGAGGCAGUUGGAACGCAGGGGUCCCACCCACCUGAGUCACUCCAGCCGGCCCGGGGCCAUCUCUGUCAAAGGCUUCCCGAACACUCUCAUCCAGGCUGACAGGUCCAGACGACACUUGGUUCAAGCUUCAAAUAAGAAAAAGAAGUAUAUAUCCCGUAUCGGCUCUUUGUCGCUCCUCAGCAAUGACAAGAAAUCCAACCCCUUACAGGUGAUCAGAGCGAGGAGACAGGUGAUGCCCGACCCACCUAAGAAGGGCAAGACGGAACGUUCUGGGGCUUUCUCUGUCCUGGGAGACCCACAGACCGAAGAGAAAAACCGAGUCAAGAGAAGCAUAUAGGAGACGAGUGCUGGGAAAUAAAAAUGUUCCUGACAAAGACUGUGUCCACUUUUAGCAGAAAACAAUUAAACUAGCUGAAGAUUUGUGUGAAUGUGGAUUAACAGCUUUGAUGUGUAUUUAGAUGUGUGUGUGUCCAGAAUUACUAUAUCUGUAGUUUACAAUCAUCAGCCAGAUACUUUUUUAUAUGCUAUUUUAAGUUUCUAAUAUAUUCCUGCAUGUUAUCACGAGAAGAUCCAUUAUCAAUAUUCCCGUCCGGCACUUUGUUGUAACCUAUUUAAUCACAGAUUCCUUAGAGAUCGGGGGGGUAUAUUUUUGCAGAAACAUUUCUUGUGUUGUUGUAUCAGUUUUCAGAAAAGAAACGUUUAGUAAAAACACAUGCUGUAAAAGUC